GGGCAGGCAUAUCGCGAGAGGAGUAGACAGUGUCUAAGCACAAUUAUGGAAAAGAUGGAUGGUGGACCCCUGUCCCAGUACAGGACUGUGUCUCCUGUUUCCAGGGAAAGGGGCACCCGAGCACUUCCUACCCAAAGCAAGAGGGGGUGGGAUGACGCCAGACUCCCCUUGGGGGCGGGGCGCUCAGCUACCUUGCUCUGGGGCUUCACACCCCGCCUCUUUCGGACUCCUCCCUUGACGCUCUCACGCAAGCACCACGCACGCCGGGAACCGCGCGCGCGAUGGCGCCUCCCGGGUCCACGGCUGCUGUUUCUUUGCUUCUUCUGGAGCGCGGUCCGUAAUGAGGUUAGUGAGGUACCUGCGACGGGCCGUGUCGGCCAGCCCAGGCCCGGGCCCAGGUCCUAGCCCAAACCCGGGUCCUGGUGCCGGCCCCGAACGCAGCGUCCCCGGCCCGGUGGAUUUCUACUCGCGCUUCUCCCCGUCCCCGCUCUCCAUGAAGCAGUUUCUGGACUUCGGAUCUGUGAAUGCAUGUGAAAAGACCUCAUUUAUGUUUUUGCGGCAAGAGUUGCCAGUGCGAUUGGCAAACAUAAUGAAAGAAAUAAGUCUUCUUCCAGAUAAUCUUCUAAGAACACCUUCAGUUCAACUGGUACAGAGCUGGUAUAUUCAGAGUCUACAAGAACUCCUUUAUUUUAAAAAUAAAAGUGCUGAAGAUGCAAAAGCUGUUUAUGACUUUACAGAUACUGUGAUAAGAAUCCGAAAUCGACAUAAUGAUGUCAUUCCUACCAUGGCUCAGGGUGUGAUUGAAUACAAGGAAAGCUUUGGUGUGGAUCCAGUGACCAGCCAGAAUGUACAGUAUUUUUUGGAUCGUUUUUACAUGAGUCGCAUUUCAAUCAGAAUGCUACUUAAUCAGCACUCCUUACUAUUUGGUGGAAAAGGAAAAGGAAGUUCAACUCACCGAAAACACAUUGGAAGCAUUAAUCCAAAUUGUAAUGUUGUCGAAGUUAUUAAAGAUGGCUAUGAAAAUGCAAAGCGUCUUUGUGAUUUGUAUUAUGUUAAUUCUCCAGAACUAGAACUUGAAGAAUUAAAUGCAAAAUCACCAGGACAACCAAUGCAAGUGGUUUAUGUACCAUCACAUCUCUAUCACAUGGUGUUUGAACUUUUCAAGAAUGCAAUGAGAGCAACUAUGGAACACCAUGCUGACAAAGGUGUUUACCCUCCUAUUCAGGUUCAUGUAACACUGGGUAAUGAGGACUUGACUGUGAAGAUGAGUGAUCGUGGAGGUGGUGUUCCUUUGAGGAAAAUUGAUAGACUUUUCAACUACAUGUAUUCAACUGCACCCCGACCUCGUGUUGAGACAUCUCGAGCUGUGCCCCUGGCUGGUUUUGGUUAUGGAUUGCCAAUAUCUCGGCUCUAUGCACAGUACUUUCAAGGAGACCUGAAAUUGUAUUCCUUAGAAGGUUAUGGGACAGAUGCUGUUAUUUACAUUAAGGCCCUAUCAACAGAGUCAGUGGAGAGGCUCCCAGUGUACAAUAAAGCUGCUUGGAAACAUUAUAAUACCAAUCAUGAGGCAGAUGACUGGUGUGUGCCAAGCAGUGAACCAAAGGACAUGACCACAUUUCGCAGUGUAUAACUGCAUCUAUGUCACCUAAAAACAAAAAACAGAAAAGGUUUCUAGUAUUAUAUUUGAAAGCCACUUUAAAAAACUGUUACGCCAAAUAUUUCACAUCUGAUUUUCAUACUUGUUGACUGGGUGGAAUAAAUGGAGACUGAAAUUCAUAGCUAUCUUUCUGACCUCUGAAAGCAUUGAAAUGUACCAUUUAGCUGUAAGAAGAAAGAAAAUUCUAGUUACUGUGUACAUUUACUUUUAACUACUGCAAAUGUGGCUAAUGUGGUUUACUUUUCAUUGGACUUCAGGGACAAGAUUUCAGGUAUAGAACUCUUUAGGUUCCUCAUGGAACCUGUGCAAUUUAUCUUAUAUCUUUCACUUAUGUCUAGUAAAAGCAUUUCCCUAAUUGUACUAAUUAAUUAUUAGUUAACUAGCUUUUUAUUGUCUGGAGAAAUUUUGUCAUGCUUUAAUUCUACUCAGGAAUGAGAGUAAUCAAAAUUGUUUUCACAUUUAUAAUCAAUAGCUACCUAUUCGUUGCACAUAUGAAGGCAGAAAAUUAUUACCCUAUGGGUUUAAUGCCACCUGCUUUUCAUAUUUUCCAUGUAUGGUUGACUAGAACCACUUAUUUUUAGAAGCAAAUUUUCUUUUUCUGAACAGUUGAUAUCUAAUUCUCUGUUCAGUCAAGAUCCUGUGAAAUCUACACUGAAUAUUAUUUUGAUUAACUUCAAAAGGAAAAUUUUUAUUACUAAAUAACUAACAAAUCUUAAAAUCCUCAAAAGUUGUGAGAGGAUGACUAUUUACUACUAUAUGAUUAUAAUUUGUGUAGUGAUCCUAAUUAUGACAUUGAGAAGCAGUCUGACAUAAUGGAUAGAAGGCCGGCACUGGAGUCAGGAAGACCUAGGUUCAAAUUUUGCCUCUUGACAUAUACCAGCUGUUACCAAAGGUCAGCCAUUUCUCCUUGCCUUAAAUCUCCAAGAUUGUGAAUUGCUAAUUUAUUUUGGUGGAAGGAAUUUUCAUAAUAGAGUUCAUUAUAUCAGUGAAGUCACAGAUCUGACUUCCCUCUCCAAAAGAGGAUUCUAAUGAUUGUAAAGUAAUCCAUACCACUUGGGCAUAAUGAUAUAGGGCUAGAUUAGGUUUCCAUAGACACAGCCACCUUCAACCACUGGGAAUCUGAUUGCAUUGGAGAGGUACUCAUAUAGCUUACUGUAUAUAAGAGAAGUUGGCAGAAUAGCAAAAAAUAAGAAUAGAAGGAAUAACAAUUAACAACAGUGAUUAGACUUGGUUUAAAAAAGCUGUAUAUAAUUAAGACCAGUAAUAAUAUCUGCACAAAUAUUAAUUGAUUUUUGUGAUGAUAAAUGACCUAAAAGAAGCUGGUUCUUACUCAGUAUUGGUGAUGUAACUGUAUAGUAAUCACUGUUCUGGGAUCCUGUAUCAUUUUGUUUAAGCCAUUGAGGGAAUGCAUUUUUUUUUAAAAUGCUUUUUAUUGGAAAAUAGAAAAAUAGUUUCACUUACAAAGGAUAGCAUGUUUUCUGAUGGUGCAGAUUUAAUGAGGUAUUAUUGCCUGUGCUAUAUGACAUUGCAGUUUGACCUAAUUUUGGAGGAAUGAUCAACUAAAAAACCCCAAUGAAUUAUUAGUUUAUUAUAUAUUAGUAUAUGAAAGGUGAUGAACUCAUUACCAUUGCUGUUUUAUAACUUUGUCUUCAAAAUUUCUAGCAAUAAUGAUGUAUAAAACUUUUGGAACUCCUCAAAUCAGAACAGGUUUUAAAUAAAUUAUAAAAAUGAUUAUUGUCUUUGUUAAGAUGAAAUUUUUUACAAUUGAGGCAUAUAAAAUGUACAUUUCUAUUUUUUACCCCAUCAUAAAGAGUACCUCUACCUUUAGACAACUUAAUUUUGACAUAUUCAUGCUUUUAGAUAGGAUGAUUGAUUGUAGACUUGACUGAUAAUUGUGAUAAUCCACAGAAUCUUACAAAUAAGAAACUUCUAGUUUCCUCCCAGUUUCUUGUAGUUUAGCAUAUUACUUGACUGAUCAACAAUUCUUGAUGGCUCUAAGCCAUUUUAAAACUUAUAUCCACCAGGAUCUAAUUCAUGUAAAUAUGGUGGAGAUAAUUUAGUUUUAACUAUAAUAUGUAGAUGUCAUUCAUUUUCUAAAUUAGUACACCGGAGAAAAUUAUGAACUGGUUUUUGUAGGUCAUAGUAAAAUAGAUAUUCUAUUUUAUGUUUUAUCUAUAUUCAUACCUAGCUUUUUUCUUUCCUUGAAUUAGAAAAUUUAAGUGAGAUAUUCAAAUGGAAGCGUAAAGUAUAAUUUUAUGAAACACUUUGUGUAUGAAACUAAAUACCAUGAAUUAAAAAUCCUUUCAGAAUGAAUUAAAGUUUUACUAUAGCGUUACUAUGUCUUAUACAAUAAAAUCAGCUAUUCCUUUUUACUGCUUAUAGUUCAAGUGAAUUUUCACCAGAAAGGGAUGAGGUAAAUAUAAGAAAGUGCAGCUUUGACUUAUAUGAAUCUUUUUGUUCCCCUUUAGUGACCAGACAUAUAUAGUAUUCUAGAAAUUGGGGAUGUUAAUGUUCCCAUUACCUACCUAAUGAUUUAUGAAGAAACUUCUUUGUAAACCUUGAUAUACUAUAGAAAUGUGUUACUGUUAAUGAUUGGGGAAAGUAAUAGGUCAUUUAGUGGGCACCUAUCACUUGCUGGAUGCUAAUGAGAUACAAAAAUGUAGAAACAUAGCUUUUGCAUCUAUUGACUGUGCAUUAAAAUUCUGGAAAGUAGACAUCAGUAUGGUGUCGUUGUUGACUGGGCUCUAGUCUAACCGUCCUGAGCAGCAGGAUCAAUAUUCUUUUCCUGAGUCCUUCUUUGACUGUUACCUCAGACUGGGUGGUCAGGGACCAGGUUACCUGGUUUGAACUUUCCUGUCUGGGAUGAUUAUGGUCUCAGUCACUUUUUUGGGGGGGGCACUAUUUGGGGGUAGAGGUGCCCUCCUCUCUCCCAGGUAGAAUAAGCUCCCUCUGUCGUUGAGGUUCUGUAGCUAGAAUGUAAAGAGAAUUUUGAGCUGUUAGAAGGACAGAUACUUGUUUAAUUUUUUUUUUUGUUGUCUCCCUAAAACCCAACACAGUAACUCGCACAUGAGUAGCUGGUGAUACAAUGGAUGAAGUGUUGGACCUAUGAUAGGUCAGGAAAACCUUAGUUUGGAUUUGCCAUAAGACACUUAAAUAGUUCUGUGACCUUUGGAAGGACACUUCUGCUCUUUUCUGCAGUUUCCUCAACUGUAGAUGGAGAUAAUAUUAGCAUCUACCUCAUAGGGUUGUCAUGAAAAUAAAAUAAUAUAAUACUUAUAAAGUACUUUGCAAACCAUGAAAUGCUAUACUAGUUAUAAUAAUGAUUAUUAUUACUUAUAGUAGGUGCUAAAAUGCUAGUUGAAUUAUAUAAAAGCCAAGGUUCAGGAUGAGGAAAGAUGGACAUGAUUGGAGAGUGAAUGAAGAGAAAGCUGCAAACCUUGAGCAUGUCUGGAAGUGAGGAUCCAGAUGGGAAGACUGGAAACCAUGCUAAAUGAGGCUUUGACUGAGGAAACUCCUUUACAUCUUACCAUGUGAACCUUGCUCAAAUAUCUUUAGUGAUUUCCUAUCUCCUAUAGGAUAAAAUACAAAUUUUCCUGUUUGGCAUUUAAAGUUUUUCAUUAUCUGACUUCUUUUCUUUCUGGGUUGAUUUUACAUUUCUCUCUGUCAUGUUUUCUUUAUUUCAAAUUGGCCUGCUCAUUUUACUAACCAUGACAUUUCACUUGUUUCAGUGCUUUUGCACAGAUUUUUCCCUAUGCCUGCAGUAUUCUCUCUUUCCUUUCCUCUAGGAAAUCCUGUUUCUCUUCAAGGUCCAAGUUACCUAAAAUCUAAUCAGAAGUUUCUGAUUUCCAAAGUCUUGAAAUCACUUUGACUUGCUUAUAUAUGUUUCCUUAUCCAUAUUCAUGUUGUUAACCUAAAGUAGAAUGAAAGCUUUUUGAAGGCAGGAGUCUAUUCCAUUUUUCCAGCUAAUCAAGUGCUUGGCAUACAGGCACUUAAAAAUUCAUGAAGUGAAUAUUUAGCCUGGAAGGUAAAAGACUUAGGGGAGAACAUGAUCUCUGUGUGGAAGAAGGAUCAAACUUGUUCUGCUUGAUGCCUUAGCAUAACAAAAAGUAGAAGGGGAAGAUUGAGUAGACAAAUUUCAAAUGGAUUCAAGGAAGAAUUUCCUACAAUGAGAAGUAUCCAAAAGAGGCAACUUUGGGAGAUGGUAUGUCUGAGAAUGCUGUGUCUGAAGAGAAACUUGCCAUUCGGAUGUAAAUUCUUUGCAACUGCAAAUUUCUGUGGUACUUUUUGCAAUUGUGUAUACCUUAAUGGAAAAACCAAGGAGGUUAUUACUCUUUUCAUUGUCUGUUGAUUAAAAGCAAACUAUAUGCUAGGUGGCUCAGUGUAUUGAGAGCCAGGCCCAGAGAUGGGAGGUCUUGAGUUCAAAUUUGGCCUCAGACACUUCCUAGCUGUCUGCCACUUAACCUCCAUGGCCUAGCCUUUACUGCUCUUCUGCCUUGGAACCAAUACCCAGUAUUGAUUAGAAAAUGGAAGGAAAGGGCUUUAAAAAAAGCAAUUUAUCUAUCUAUCUAUCUAUCUAUCUAUCUAUCUAUCUAUCUAUCUAUCUAUCUAUCUAUCUAUCUUUAGUUCCACUGGUUAUUUUAACUUAGGCUUGUGAGCCAUUAGUGAAGAAUGUCUAUUUUGUGCUUUUUGGUGAAAGGAUAUAAUUUGAUAUUUCCCCAAAGUAGCCAUAUUCAUUAUAAAAUCUCAAUAAAUAGUUGUGGAAACAUAAAUGGCCCUGAUCUACAUCAGAAGUAUCACAUCAAAACCAACAUAAGCACAGAGAAGUAUCUUAUGUUUGAACAUUUCCUGACAUAAAGCUAACAUAGUGUGAAAUCUACUCAGGAUCCUUGUUAUUUAGUUACAGAUUGUCUAGGAAUAAGUUCCUUUCUCUUGCAACCACUGCCACUCUUUGCAUUCUCAUCUCAAUUUAUGUCGUUCAUCCCUCUAAUGUUCUACUCUGCUUUGUCCUUCCAUUGGGCCUUCUGGAAUGCCCAUUCUGUCAUUAAUAGACUGCUUUUUUCUUCCUCUCAUAUCCUUCAAUCUUGCAAUCAUGGAAGCUUGACUUCCCCCAAAGAUACUGCCUUCUUAAUCACUCUUUUAGGACUAAAUAUACCAUCUCUCAUGUGGCCCCAACCCACUAAGCCAGUUGACUACUGUCCCCUUUCAGAUCUUCCUCCUACAAUUAUUUUCCUGGUGAACUUUUUGUAAAUAUCUUCUCUACUGCAAUUUGUGAAUUAUAUAUUUCAUGGAAUUAUGUUUCUGGAUGCCUUUGAGUAUAUAAUAAAACAAUUGUAUCAAC